GCUGAUGCGCGUAUCAACUGAACCGACCGACUCCAUCAUCAGCAUCCGACGGUGACAGCGGUCGAAGACAGCAUCCCUAAUUUUACCGAGCCACGGUAACAUCGCAUGACCACAGAGAGGCCAGCCGAACGGGACUGACGGUGCUUCUUGUGACACUAAUAUUUAUUGAGGCUGCCAUCUUACAAAACGCCGAGCUGCAAAAUAGUGAGUAGCCUUUGAUGAUGGACCUCCAGGAUGCUACAAUCGUGUGUGUGCCCCCACUACCUGCAUUAGGUUGUGAUGACCCACACUACUUCCAAAUGUUUCUGUGACCCUCCCCAAUCCUGACUCCUAACCUCUAAUCCCUGACCUUUGACCCCACUAUGGGCAGUGUUGGCAGUGGGGUGGCAGGAGAGCAGGAAUUUGCCAUGAAGUCUGUGGGUACGAGGACCACCCUGCCUAGAGCCCCUCCUCUCUCUCGCCGUUGCCCUGCCGACCGCAGCUGCAGUGCAGAACGACUGCCCCGCCCUCCUGCGACUAUAUCUGACGGGACGGCCUCUAGCGAUGAGCGGGGGAGUGUUAGUGUUGCGACUGGGACCUGUACCGGGACUGACCGGCCCACCGAAACAGCCUCCUCCACUAACACUGAAUGUACCAUGACUGCCCCGUCCAACAACAACCAGUUGGAGUGUGGCAAUGGAGCGGGCAGGCGGGAGAGGGAGUGGGAGAGGGAGAGGGAGAGGCAGCGUGAGAGGGGGAGAGACAGAGACCGGGACCGGGACUGGGACAGAGAAAGGUUAGAGAGGGAACGAGAGAGGGAGAGGAACCGGGAGAGGGAGCGGGAGCGAGUGGAGAGGGAGAGGCUGGAGCGAGAGAGGGAGCGGGAGAGGGAGAGAAGAGAGGCUUGA